AGUUCAAAGUAUCCUUUGCCCACAAUUUUGCAUUUCACAUCCAUGCAAUGUGGGCAAAGUUGGAUCUGAGUCCAUGGUCACAGCCCUUCCUUGUGGAGUUGUGCAUGCAGAAUGCGCAUCUUGGGAGAUUGCAUUCGAUCGGAUUCUGCUUGAGCGCUCAGUGGGGCAAGGUGUUGGAAGCUGAGAUGCACGCCUUCACACAUUCUUGCUCCUAGUAGUGUCCUUGCUCCUAGUAGUAAGGCCAGGAGCCGCUAGUAGCCUCCUUGCCUUCACACAUUCUUUUCUCUUCAAUAGUGUCAAUUGCACCACUAGGACAUUGUCAAUCGUGGAAUCAUCGGACAUGACUGCUUCACUGUGGCAGCUAGGUCAGUGCUUGCCUAAGGUGACCGCUCACGUGUACCAGGCUUCUCCACACUUUUGGAAAUCACUUCUUCGAUUCAGAAACAAGUAUGCGGCAGACGUUCUCUACAAGAAAAGUAUGUGCAUAGGCUGUUCUUGAUGGGCAUUACCAGGCACGAAUUGCCGCUUUGUUUCUUUGAAAGACUGAAACAGUGCCACGUUGGCCCAAAGGUGGCAGUAAAGCAGAUCAAUGACGUGGACAAGUCUGAGAAGGACUUACGCGCAUUCGAGCGUGAGGUGGCAGUCCUGAUGAGGACUUGUCAUGAAAAUUUGGUGCGGUUUCUGGGUAUUUCAUCCAUCCAGAGGCCAUUUCGCAUCAUCACAGAGUAUUGUGCAGGAGGCUGCGUCUUCUCCUUGCUGCACAACCAGGAGAUGCUGCUGGCAUGGCCACAGAAGUUGCGAAUCCUUUUGGACGUCGCAAAAGCCAUGCAGUACCUCCAUGAGUUCAAUCCACAGGUGAUCCACAGAGAUUUGAAAUCCCUGAAUCUCCUCUUGACAAAUCCUGUGAAGACUACGUUGGAUACACCAUAUACCAAGGUGUCAGACUUUGGCCUUGCACGAAUCAAGUGGCAGGCUGAGGCUGGCUCGACCUGGCCGCAAAUGACCAGAGCUGCUGGAACAUGCCAUUGGAUGGCUCCAGAAGUCUUUGUAAGCGACACCUAUGAUGAGAAGGUGGACUUGUACUCUUAUGCCAUGAUCCUUUUCGAGGUACUUUGCCAAGAGAUUCCCUUUGAGGAUCAAAACCCUGCAGACAUAGGGCACCUCUGUGUGAAAGGCUGUCGUCCUGACUUGGCAUCUGUGCCUGACGAAUGUCCUGAAGUCUUGGUGCAACUAAUGCAAACUUGCUGGGCUGGCACACCUGCCAAGAGACCACCUUUUUCUGAGAUUCUCCCAAUUCUGGAGCAGGUUGAGAUUCCACAGUGAUUGAUGCAAACAGUGGAAAAAAGUGAGUGAGAGCGCACAGUCUCAAGUGCUUGUAAUCGGGUUGGCAAGAAAUUCUUUUUGUGUGACAAGUUUGGACAGCGGCAGCCAGUUUUUUGUUGUCGACAAAUCAGC